AUGGCUGGAUUUCGGCAGCAGGACCCCACCGAAACAAUGACCUCGACAGCUCCCUCGUCUAUGCAGGCUCUUAAGCAGUCUUCGGGUGAACUGGUACUCUACAAGGAGAAGGCUCCCCAGUCUGGACAGGUUCUUGGACCGUCUCCACGCGACUUGGAACCUUACGAAGAGAAGCCACACCUUGGCGAUUAUGCUCCUGGACCUUCGACUUACCGUGGAUUUGGGACGCGGUCCCUCACCGAGACAAUAACCUCGAAGAACCCCCCCAAGUCUUGGCAGGGCCUUGAGCAGUUCCUACGUGACCAGGCGCAGGACAAGGCGAAGGCAAGCUUUUUGAUGUGA